AUGCAAUGCUAUACCGAACUCGUGGCGCCGACCGCCGUGUCGAAUGCCGUCGCCUUACCAUUCGUCGCUCCUGGCGCAACUAACCUCGUCGUCGCGAAGACUUCGUUGCUCCAGGUCUUCACUCUCAAAACCAUCGCGACCGACGUCAAACCAUCGCCCUCCAACUCCAAUGCCGAGACGGGUGCCAUAGAAGGCCCUGAAAGUAUCCAUCGUGUCGAGAAUACGGCCAAGCUGGUACUGCUGGGCGAGUACCCUGUGUCCGGAACCAUCACUUCGCUGCAAAGAGUCAAGGCCCUGAACACAAAAGCUGGCGCCGAAGCACUGCUGGUCUCUACACAGGACGCAAAGAUCAGUUUGAUUGAAUGGGAUCCUCUCAAUCACCGCAUUUCGACUGUUUCCAUCCAUUACUACGAGCGCGAGACGACAAAUACCCUUCCCUUUGGGCCAUCCCUUGCCGACACUCCUAGCUAUCUCAGCGUCGAUCCAAGCAGUAGAUGCGCCGCGCUCAAAUUUGGCACUAAACACCUCGCCAUCAUUCCAUUCCGCCAGUCUGCCGAUGAUCUGGCUGGUGAGGAUGACCUUGAUACACCUCCACCCACGAAAGCCCCUGUCACUGGAAACGAUGUGCAAUCCGAUACUCCCUACUCGGCUUCGUUCGUCCUCCCAUUGACCGCUCUCGAUCCUGCUCUCACACAUCCUGUCCACCUCGCCUUUUUGCACGAGUAUAGAGAACCCACUUUUGGCAUUGUUUCGUCAAACAAGGCUCCCAGUCAUGGUUUGCUUGACGAACGCAAGGAUAUCCUGAACUACACAGUCUUUACCCUGGAUCUGGAUCAGCGCGCCUCCACAACCCUGCUAUCCGUUACAGGUCUGCCUUUCGACAUCUUCCGCGUCGUUCCUCUUCCCUUGCCUGUCGGUGGUGCUCUCCUUGUCGGCGCAAACGAGCUGGUACAUGUCGAUCAGGCAGGAAAGACAAAUGCUGUUGCCGUGAAUGAGUUUGCCAAGCUAAGCUCAAACUUUGCCAUGGCUGAUCAAUCCGAUCUUGAUUUGCGUCUGGAAGAUUGCGUAGUCGAGGCUCUGGACCACACUAAUGGCAACAUGCUGAUAGUCCUGAACACCGGUCGCCUGGCAGUGUUGUCAUUCCGUAUUGAUGGUCGCUCAGUCUCUGGUUUGUCUGUUCAUCUGGUAGACUCUGCCCAUGGCGGUCAUCAUUUGAAGACUGCCGCAAACUGCGCUGCCUCUCUGGGACGCGGUAGAUUGUUCCUGGGCAGUGAGGAUGGCGACUCUACUCUGAUUGGCUGGUCCAAGAAGACCUCACAGACACGCAAGCGUAGUCACGCACAAAUGAUUGCCGAAGAUGCUGAGCUCUCACUGGACGAGGAAGAUCUUGAUGACGACGCUGACGACGACUUGUACGCUGACGAGGCUCCGGUUGUAAAACAGAUGGCUUCCCAGACCGCUGAUUCUAGCGGCCCCGACAGCUACUCCUUCAGGGUACAUGACAAUCUGUUCAGUCUUGGUCCUAUCAAGAACGUUUGUCUGGGCAAAUAUGCCACCGAUCUUUCUGAGAACGAUAUCGAGCCCCAACUCUCCUUGCUCGCAAGCGUUGGUCGGGAACGCGCAUCGAAGCUUGCAUUCAUCAAUCGUGAACUAACCCCUAGUCCUCUUCGAACAGUAGAGAUACCUCAUGCUCAAGCAGUCUGGACCGCGUGUGCAAAGCAAGCAGCCCCACGCGGUUUGCCGAAACCUACGGAUGGCACACAGAAUCCUGAGGCACAGCUUGCAUCUGAUAUGCAGUUCGACCAGUAUCUCAUUACCUGCCAUGCUGAUGAAGAUGGCACUGAAAGCUCAAAGGUAUACAAGAUUGACAACGAAGUUACCGACAUCAAACAAGGCGAUGAAAGUAUGAGUUACACUGAGGUGACUGGAACCGAGUUUGAAGGUGAAGGCGAAACUUUGGACAUUGGCAUCCUGGCCUCUGGUACAAGAAUUGUUCAGGUGAGGAAGCACGAAGUCAGGAGUUACGACGCAGGUAAGUCUCGAGAAAAUCUCCCCGCUCGCAAAUCACCUUACCCAUGUCCAAACAUCAUUCCCAUCUUUUCAAUACUCAACACGGCUUCAGAGUCGUCUGACCUGAAAGAAACGACUUCGAAGAGUAUUUCAGAUGCACAGUUGUCUGCGGGAGCCAACACUGAGGAUGUCGUAUAUGUCAUCAUGUGUACUAUAGCCUUUCCAAUACAAAUCUGUCAUCUUCCCAACGCUUGCCAUUUGCCACUAUAUUUGCCUGUUCCAGAGUUGUGUACUAAUUAG